AUGGAAGACAUGUCGUCAUCUGGAGGUCAAUGUGGCUAUACAGAAGAAGUUAGUACUCUUCGAUUUCUAUACAUAUCGUUCUCAGGAAUUAUUGCUAUAGCAGGUUUUAUCUCGAAUAUCCUUCUUCUAUACGUCUUCACAACAAAACGGAUGGCAAACAGUCCGCCGAACCUCUAUCCGGCAAUUCUGUCAAUCCUUGAUGCCAUCCUCUGUUUACUGUUUGUAUUCGUGUUCGUUCUAGAUGUCAAUAUGAUAUAUCUGAAGAAUCUGAAAUUAUUUAUAUUAUAUCAUCAAUACAUAAUCGUGGCCUUUGCAACAGCUAAGAUAGUUCAAUUCUUGAUACCUUAUAUGCUCAUGUUAGCGACGUUUGAACGCUACACAUGGAUAACGAACAAUCGAAAGUACGGUUUUCUGAAGCCGAACGGACGAUAUAUCUCAUUAAUAUUUAUAACCAUAUUUGGUAUAUCGUUACGCAUGCCAUCAGCGUUAUCAUUGAAAGUAGCCGAGUUUACAAACUGUACAGAUGCUUUUCGUCGUUUAGCUGUUGAUCAGAAAGAUUGGGCCAAAGAAGAGGAAUUCUUCGUCUUCUAUGAUUUCUAUGCCAUCACUUUACUACAAACCUUUCUUCCAUUCAUUAUUCUCAUGGUUUUAAAUAUUACAAUUGUUAAUCGAUUAUCACAAAUUGAUACGAAAAAUAGAAAUGUUAAAGAGGACAAAAUUGUCAUUUCCAAACGACGCUCUACUCGACUCAUUCAAACUUUCAAGUUUCAUCGAAUGCCAAUGACCGUUCGAAAUGCCGUUUUCACUAUGGUUGCGAUUGUCUUCUCAUAUUUGAUCUCGAACACUCUUCACAUCAUACUAACCGUGUUGGAAGUUGGAAAAGCAUCUAUUCUAGUGGAAGAUGACGAUCCUUAUAAGGCGUCAAUGAUUUAUACCAUAUUGGGUGAUGGAGUGUCCAUAUUAUACAUGUUUUCAUCUGCUAUACGCAUACAUUUUAUUUCCAAAAUAUUCGUCAAAAAUGAAAUCGAGUGA